UCGCCAAGAUGAAGUGUUUAAUUGGUUUCACUCUCUUGAUGCUGAUUUCCAUCAGCAACGCGGGAAAAAUAAGCAGGGAAUGGAAUGAAAAGAUGGAUCUGAAUGAUAUAUUGAAGAAUUUAAUUGAGCAGUUUAAAGAGUUGAUGCCCUGUGGGUUUCCUGAUCUCGGUGUGCCACCACUUGUACCAUUCGAGCUCAACCAUACUGCUUUUGACUUCGAACAAAAAGGACUUCUUCAUUUGGACGCUGAGAUAAAUGACCUGUUGGUAGAUAACCUGAACGUUUUUGACGUGGUAAACAUUGAUUUGAAGCUACUACAAAUACAGCUUGAUUUUAGCUUCUACUUUGAAGCAAUCCAAACCACUGGAACCUAUAAAGCCAAGGGAUCAGCUAUCGGAUUCAUUCCAUUCAACCGCGGAGGCAAAUUUGCGUUUAAUUUCAACGGUCUUACUCUUGAUGGAUCGAUCAAAGUAGCAAUUGAUGGUGAAAAAAUAUCUGUAACGGACUUUAAACUGAACCCAACUGUGGAAUCCGUUAACUCAAAAUUCGAAGGAGUCUUUAUCCUCCCGUUGAAUACGUUUAUUUUUAAUAAAAUUGUGGAAGCUGUCGUGCCAAAUUUCCUGACAGACAACAAAGAACAGGUGGCUUCAUUUUUGGAGGAUAUGAUAAAGCCACAAGUGAACGACCUACUGGAUGAUUAUACUCUGCAAGAUCUGAUCGAUUUUAUUGGAAACGCAAUCAGCCCCGGGCAAGCGAGGAUCUGUUAAAAUGAUAUGU